CAACUGACACGAGACAAGUCGAGUCGUGUGAUACCUGAACUAAACCGUCUAAACCUGACUGAUGUCAAUUGUGUUUCGCAUCAGGCGGAUGGGCUUGGACUAGUUAGUUUCUUGUUACAUUGUGUACUAGGAAUGAGUUGACGUUCUAUACUGCUUGUUAAAACACUGAAGUGGAAACAAAUUUGAUAAACGAAAUCUAAAAUGGUGAUUGGAACUGAGAUGCCAGCUUCCUCCUCUAGGGAGAGAAAGGAUUCAGGUGGAGACAAGGAAAAAGAUGAGCGAAUGUUUGAAUGUAACAUUUGCCUGGACACUGCUAAAGAAGCUGUAGUUAGUAUGUGUGGACAUUUGUUUUGUUGGCCGUGCCUGCACCAGUGGCUGGAUACAAGACCGAACCGGCAAGUGUGUCCGGUGUGCAAGGCAGCGAUAUCCAAGGAGAAAGUGAUACCUUUGUAUGGCCGUGGCAGCACUAAGCAGGAUGACCCCAGGACUAAAACACCCCCCAGACCCCCAGGUCAAAGAUCGGAGCCCGAAAAUAAUGGAGGAUUUCCUGGAUUUGGGUUUGGAGAAGGAGGUUUUCACAUGUCUUUUGGUAUUGGAGCUUUUCCGUUUGGUUUCUUCACAUCAUCAUUCCAAGUGGGCGACAGGGCUGGACAAGGUAUGUGGUUUCACAUUACUGUGAUAUGAAUAUUACCAUGAACA